AUGAGCUCGCCGCAGAAGAAGACCGCCGCCACAACAGAGGGUAACCUCUCUGUUCCUCAGUACCAUGAGCGCCAGCAGGCAAAGCGCGAUACGCUCGCUGCAAAGGUCGCGUCGGGGACAACCCAGUCGGAGAUUGUCCUCGAAGGUUCCUCUGUAGUCAACGACGCCGUUGACUACGAAGACGACGACGUGGAGAUGGAAGAGGGCGAGGCCUCUUCUAGCAAGCGCAAGGAGUCUAUCGACAGCGAUAGUCUCGACCCGCAUGCCGGGUCGAGACGCCCUCGUGAAGGAGACGACUCGGACGCUUCGAGCUCGAAGCGUUCGCGCGGCGAGAGCGACACUCCGCUCUCUGCUGCUGCGGCUUUAAGCUCCCCGCGUGAGGUGGCGCCUUCAAGCUCUCCGCGCGCUGCUCAGGCAGCGCGCGAUCCGUGGAUGCCGUCUGCGUCAGAGAUCGCAGACCGUGUGGGCAACACUGUGCCUCCAAACGAAAUCCCGCUGCGCGACUACUACAUCGGGCUCUUCCACGAGCUCCGGUACUUCUCCAGCAAGAAGACCUCUUCUCGCAGCAAAGUGCCUGAGUGGCAGGCACUUUGUCAAAGUUGGAAUGCUUUUGUUGAGAACUUCAACAAGAAACCGGCUGCUUACCGCGAGCGGGUUAAGCAUACCCGUGAGCGCUUCGAGACAUUCUCGACGCGCGGGCGGCUGGAGCAGCUCCACAGAUCUUCUGUGGACGCUGGUAUUCCAUGCGCUGUGCCCGAAGGCCAACAGUGCACGUUGUGUCUUCCGGGUGCGGCGCGCUUGAGCGACCGCGACCUAAACGGGUACACGACGAUUCGUGUACCUGCGAGUCUCAAGGAUCUCCGUGCCAAGUUCUUGGCACGUGAGGAGCGCGACGAUCGUGGGACCUCGGGCGCUGUAGGUGACCACAGCGCUCGCACUACCUUCGCGUCGGCAGUGCGUGGUGAGCUUCGUACGCCCUCACCAUUUCCGGAACGUCCUGCAGCAGGACGUCCCGUGGCUCCCAUGUAUCUUGGUUCACAAUACGCUCAACAAUCCAGCGUGUUGAGCCGCGGGCGUCGCGGAUCGGAGGCGGCGGUGGUGGGAACACGCCCCGGGUAUGGUCAACCUGGGGUUGACCUUAGCCCGACGCUCGAGGAGCGGGUCGCUGCUGUGGAACAGCUUCAGAGCCGUGAGUUCGCCGCUCUGAAGCAGGAGAGGGCGACCCUGCGAGCUCAAGUUGCUCAGGCCUCGCAGACCGCGUCGGACAUCUCUGUCGACGUGGGAGGUCGCGUCGUGCGCUUGGCCCAGCGCGUUCACGCGCUGGAGCAGAGGUUCGCUCCCGCUGGGGCUUCCGUUUCGGGCCAGCCGAGCUAG